CAGGCUGUCUGAAAAAAUGCGUUUCCUUUUCAAGGGCCUGUGUGCGGUGUGUGUGUGUUUUAAAGACAGCUGUAGCCCUUGGGUGUGCUGCGCGUCCGUAACGCUUAAAAACUGCUCGCACUGGGCGUUUUAACUGGUCAAGAACACAGCAAUACGCCGCAACAGUUGUGUUUUUGUCGUGGAAGUGUUCGUUUCCGUACGCGCGCUGUGUUUUUAAAAUAAAAGCGCACACAUCCGUCGUUGCCUCAACGGUUUAGGGGUUGUAUCUGUAUGCACGAGUCGUUCAUCUUUUGUCUGUAUUAAUGUUUGGAGGAAAGGUCUCGGAAGACCAUAGACUGUAGGCGACCACAUCUAUAACGUUAGCUCUCUGCAUUCUGGGUUUGAGCCGCAUGCUUUAUUGAAUUCAUACAUGGACUAAGUGGACAAUCCAAAAACGCCAACUUUACGACAUUCGUUGAAUCUACAGUUAACAGGUAUUUGGCCGGUUUUGGCUGGAGCUGUACGCCACAGGGCGCAGUUCUGAUGUUACGGGUUGAAACGGGUCGGCAGUGAGAGGCUUUCCCUCAGCUAUGUCUACCUUUGAGGUAACGCAAGAGACAUCAAUUACGACCUGGCCUGCGGGCACAGAGUGUGUGGCCAGGUACAACUUUCCGGGAUCGACAGACCGGGACUUACCCAUGUGCAAAGGAGAUGUGCUUACUAUCAUUGGAGUCACAAAGGAUCCAAACUGGUACAAAGCAAAAAACUCAGCAGGACAAGAGGGGACCAUACCAGCAAACUAUGUUCAGAAAAGAGAAGGUGUGAAGUCGGGGGGAAAACUGAGUCUUAUGCCAUGGUUUCAUGGAAAGAUCACACGUGAGCAGGCAGAAAGGCUCCUCUAUCCCCCGGAGACAGGCCUCUUCCUGGUGCGUGAGAGCACAAACUACCCCGGCGACUACACGCUGUGCGUCAGCUGCGACGGCAAGGUGGAGCAUUACCGCAUUAUCUACCACAACGGCAAACUGUCCAUUGAUGAGGAGGAGUUUUUUGAUAACCUCAUGCAGCUCAUGGAGCACUACACUAAAGAUGCAGAUGGACUGUGUACCAGACUCAUCAAACCUAAACUCAUGGAAGGGACCGUGGCAGCCCAAGAUGAAUUCUCAAGAAGUGGCUGGGCUAUGUCUAGGAAAGAAUUGAAGCUUCUCCAGUCGAUUGGAAAGGGAGAGUUUGGAGAUGUGAUGGUUGGAGAGUACAGAGGCCAAAGAGUAGCAGUGAAGUGUAUCAAACAUGACGCCACGGCGCAAGCCUUCGUCGCUGAGGCUUCAGUCAUGACGCAGUUACGGCAUAAUAAUCUGGUACAGCUGCUGGGUGUGAUCGUGGAGGAGAAGGGAAGUCUGUACAUCGUCACUGAGUAUAUGGCCAAGGGCAGUCUAGUGGACUAUCUGCGCUCGAGGGGGCGCAGUGUUAUUGGUGGAGAUCGUCUCAUUAAUUUCUCCAUGGACGUGUGCAAGGCGAUGGAAUAUCUAGAGGCUAAUAACUUCGUACAUAGGGAUCUGGCCGCUCGUAAUGUUCUAGUAUCUGAAGACAACAUGGCUAAAGUGAGUGAUUUUGGCCUCACCAAGGAAGCGUCAUCUACUCAAGACACAGCCAAACUUCCAGUUAAAUGGACUUCACCUGAGGCCUUAAGAGAAAAGAAGUUUUCCACUAAAUCAGACGUUUGGAGCUAUGGCAUCUUACUGUGGGAGAUCUACUCCUUUGGUCGGGUACCAUAUCCAAGAAUUCCUCUGAAGGACGUGGUUCCACGUGUAGAACAGGGUUAUAAAAUGGACUCCCCGGACGGCUGCCCGCCAGUGGUGUACGACAUCAUGAAGCAGUGCUGGACUCUGGACGCAGUGGUGCGGCCCAGCUUCAGAAACCUGAGAGAGCAACUGCAAAAUAUCAUAGCCAAUGAGCUCUACCGAUGAAGGCAGAUCAACGGAGAGAGGCAAGAUCUAACAUCCCAUCUGCUCCCACGGGACCAUCCUCAUACAAUCUGACCAAAAUCUACUCUUAACCAGUGUACUUGAAAAACAUGAGCGGAAAUUUAUUUUGCGUGCACAUUUGUUUUAUUUUUUUUUCAUGGCUUUUUUCUAUUUUUAUUGAGGAGGCUGGCCUUCUCUGAACGUUUGAUUGAUAAGACACAGCCUCCUCUGAUAUCUUCUUCAUAUGCUUUCACGAUGUGGACUGCUGAUGGGUGUGCACCUGCUGUCAUUUCAUUUAGUCCCUAAAUCUUGAGUGUUUAACAGUCAAACAGAAAUUCAGUAUAAAAUUAUUAUAAUGAAACAAAUGGAUAUCUACAUAUGAAUACAUCCUAAAUAGACAUCAGGUACCUACCGUAAUGACAAUUAUCAAAAUAUAAUAUUUUGCUUUUAAAUAGACUGUAUGAUCAUCUUAACUUUAAGAUGUGAGAUCAAGCUGGACAUUGUAAAGUUCAAAAAACAUGUACAUCUUGAGGGGUAGCUGAAUGGAAAUAACGUAAGGUAUGAAGUCUGUCAUUGUGCCUUUACACCACAGAAGUCUGUCUUAAGUGUGUUGUUUUAAUUUCUUUAGCAAUGCAUUGUUAAAAAGCUCUUGGAUUUAAACUUGCUUAUCUUCCCAAACCCUUUUUUUGCCCUGACCAGAUGUGACCUUAUCUGGUGAUGACCGGCAGGACAUUUUGCCACUUUCCCCGUUCCAUAAUGCAAUCUAAUUGGUUCAAUAUUCCACUGCAUAAUUUUACACAUAAUGGUAUUAGACAUAUGUUCAGACUGGUUGUGAAUCUUUAGUGCUGCACAGCAUCUUUACUGUAAGACAAAUUACUUGUCGUGAUGUGCCUGGUUAGGAAGCAUUGUGAAAGUUCCAGGCCACAGGUUGCCUUUUAAUAGAGCUUUGAUGGGAUUGUCUAUUUAAAAAUCUUGAAAAAAAAAGACGAAACAUACAGAACUGAAAUAUAUGUUAAGAUGUUUGUUUCCAAGGUCUGUGCAUGCUGUGUUACAAGCCUUGAUUUUACUCAGUGCUUUUGAUAUUUUCUUUGCUGCCAUAUUUCAGAUCAUUCCACUAAAGCAGUUUGAUAAAAACAAAAGGUAAACGACAACAAAAAAUUAAUAAAAUGGCUGGAAAAACAUGUUUUCUUUGUUUAAAAUGUGUCCUUAAAGUGAUAGUUCACUCAAGCAGAAAAACAAAUAGUCAUGCUCGUGUUAGUCAACUCCUGUGUGACUUUCUUCCCUGGAGCAUAAAAGCAGAUAUGAAAUAUUCUCCAUCCAAUUAAAAGUGGACAGAAAACCAUAACAUCCAUUUGAAACAUUUGAAGCAUCAUAAGUGUGAGUAAAUAAUGACCCAACAGUUCAAAUAUUUUAGGUGAACUAUCCCUUUAAAUGUGUCUUUUACGUUAAUGGUCCCUCAAAGGUCAGUCAAGGAAACUCUAAACAUCCCCAGAGAGAAAACACAUCAUCUGUGCAAGCGUCUGCUCAUUUCGCAGUGACCCAAACGGUCAUGAUGGAUGCUCGCCAUAAUGUUUAGAUGUGACUUUGUUCAAAGGUAAUAAUAAUACCAAUACCCUAAGAUGUGCUGUUUGUGUGCAAAUCCCAUCACAUGCACCUUGAACAGAAUAGCAUGGUAUCAUUUUCUGGUCUAUUUAUAGAAUGCCAUAUUUCUGGUCUCUUAUCAGCAACAUGAUAUGAAGGUGAAUCAUGACUGUUUGGCUAGAUGGAAACUGAAACCAUUGAAAUGCUGUGUUUGUGGUUUUCAGCCAAGGUGAAUCCAUCUCGGGUCUAAAAUGAAAGCAGGUUGUAAAAAAACAAGGACAUUUUGUAGUCUUUUUACACCUGCUAUAGUAUAGAGAAUUUAUUUGGCAUUUUCUUAAAGGGACAGUUCCCCCAAAAUGAAAAUUUCUCUUUUUAUAGUCGUUAGGACGCAUUCUUAUUUUGUCCUACUAACUGUUAUAAACAAAUGUAUAAUCGUCCAUGAGAGUGAAUGAUGAGUGAGAGAUGACAUGAUCUUCACUGCUUUACCCCCAUUAGCAGUCACUCUUAAAUCAUUUACAUAAAAAGUUGAACUUCUCUCAACUUUGUCAUGUUGCGUGACAUCACACUUUCCAGCUCCAAUGGUCACUAUAGCUGCAUUUCUGUUACCCUUCAAUUUGCGCAAAUUAAAAUUGUGAAUUGAAUGACGCCCGGUGGAAAUACGUAAAUUGUGCAAAAAUGAAUAUGGACCACUUCGCAGGAUGUCUAGAAGCACUAGGCUGGUGCCUGCGAUAUACGUUAAACCACUAACAUCCAUCACCAUAAUUUUUCGAAUGACGUUUUAGUUGCAUAACAAUGGUUAAUUAAAACAACCUCAUUUCGCAAAGUUUUGUGCAAAUCUGUAAUAGAAACCAGGCUACUGUUGCUAGUGUUGAUGGAAGUCGCCAUAAGCUCCCAUUGUGUGAACGGGGCUUUACGCAAACUCGUACAACGUUUUUUUGUGAAAUACAGAGUGUAUGCAUUUAUGUUAAUGCAUUUAAAUGAUGUUUUAUCCAAACUAUGCCUAAUUUGGAUGUUUUGAAUGUAAAAUAAAAUAACAA